GUGCCCUACAGUUUAUAUUAAAUAUUUAAAACAAACGGUGUAAAAUGAUUACAUCCCCACACUUCGCACGCAAAAUGUUUACUUUACACCAUACCAAACGGGCCCUAAAUCUAUAAUAUGGAGUGUUAGAAACACACUUAAAAAAAUCACUACCAUCAUAAAUUUUUUGUUUACAUGCAGAUUAACCAUUCUGACUUCGGAGGCAACACCUACUAUGUAACUUCGUUUCAUCCGAACCUAAAUUUUUACAAUGGGGUAAGGAUUUGGGGCUUGGGUAAAAUGGCCUCCCGCCAUAAGAAACUGAUCUCUUCAUCUUAACCGUCUGCGCUGUAUGUAAAGACUCUUCAAUUGAACCUCCAGUCCCCAAUUUCAACCCAAGGGUAUCUAAAGAAACUGAAGAAUCUAUUGAAAAAGACCUUUUGAGCCCCGAAACCCCACCACCGCCGUCAGAUUCAUGAACUCCGACCCCGUUUUCUUGAUUUCCCGAUCCAUCGUCGAUCUUGACUCCGACUUCCUCUGGGGAGUCGUCAGGAACAAUGGAGGCCCGGCAGAAAGGGCAGUUGGUGUGGGAACUCAGCCAAGUGUCGAUACAGGUCAUAUGGAAAACGUGGCUGCAUUUGGGAAGCCGCCGGAGGGUAUCGCCGUCCUGAAAAUCGCUCAGGCAAACAGGGCACUCUGUUUUCCCGAUCAAACUUUCUUUUUUCUUGUAGUUCAAAACGGCGAUCGCACUGAUCACCGCCGGCGGGAGCCCGACGGUCCGGAUGUACCAGACUGGGUGAUCGAACAUCGGGUCAAAAUCCUCCGGUCCCCGGUCGGAACGUCCCCGUCUCCACCCGGUGCAGUUCCGGAUGAUGAUCAUGUAGUAGCAGAGGAGGAGGAGGAAACUGGCUAGUAAGGCGGUGGCGAUGAUAAUGUAAGGAGAGAUGACCAGAACGUGUCCGAUAGACGGCGGCGACAAUUGGUCCGGGUAUGGAUAGGGGUUGCAUCCGUUUUGACACGUCAGGUCACAGCUGCCAUUGAAACAGCUAUUUAUUGCUAAGAGCUUUCUGUGCUUUGCGGCCAUGGAAGAAAGAGGAAGGAUUUUCAAGCGGUUACAACUUACAAUUGGAAAUAAACAUGAAGUUUUGGUAGAGUUAUUUAUUUACAUCAUAUUGCUUGAAUUUUAAAAUGGUGGAAGG